GUGGUUUGAUUGUCUUAUGUUGCACUGACAUUGUGUUUUUUGAUACCUUUACAUAUUUUAAUUGGCUUUUGAGUAUUGACUGGAUUCCAUUUAAUAUCACCGCUUAUUCCAGUUAAAGACAAACAUGUGUACAGUGUAUUUACUCAUUAGGUUUCUCUUUAUGCAGAUGGCAUUAGCUCUAGUUGUAGGUGUGUUCCUCUCUGGAGUGUGGCUUGGACCUCAUGUGCAGGCACAACAACUAGAUAAAACCUGUAAAGUCUGUCCUUCUGGCUGGGCAGUGUUUGAUGGACGCUGCUACUUAUUCAACAUGCAGGAAAAGGAAUGGAUCGACGCUGAGCGUACCUGCACUUCCCUUGGUGCAAACCUGGCCUCUUUGCGCAAUGCCAGAGUUCUCAAGUUCAUCACAGACAUGAUCUACACAGCCACUGGCUCAUCUAAAAAAACAUGGGUUGGAGGGCAUGAUGCAGUCAAGGAGGGGUUGUGGCUGUGGAGUGAUGGUUCCCACUUUGCUUUCAAAGACUGGGCUAAAGGGGAGCCCAAUAAUGAAAAGGAAAAAGAGCAUUGCAUGGAGAUGAAUUUCAAAGGAAAGUAUGUCAAUGAUGAGAGCUGCUCAAUGAAGAACUCUUAUGUUUGUGCCAAAGACAUGAUUUAUGGCAUCAGCUCUAGUUGUCGGUGUGCUCCUCUGUGGGGUGUGGCUUGGACCCCAUAUAAAACCUGUAAAGUCUGUCCUUCUGGCUGGGCAGUGUUUGAUGGACGCUGCUACUUAUUCAACAUGCAGGAAAAGGAAUGGAUCGACGCUGAGCUUACCUGCACUUCCCUUGGUGCAAACCUGGCCUCUUUGCGCGAUAUCAGAGUUCUCAAGUUCAUCACAGACAUGAUCUACACAGCCACUGGCUCAUCUAAAAAAACAUGGGUUGGAGGGCAUGAUGCAGUCAAGGAGGGGUUGUGGCUGUGGAGUGAUGGUUCCCACUUUGCUUUCAAAGACUGGGCUAAAGGGGAGCCCAAUAAUGAAAAUGGAAAAGAGCAUUGCAUGGAGAUGAAUUUCAAAGGAAAGUAUGUCAAUGAUGAGAAGUGCUCAACGAAGAACUCUUAUGUUUGUGCCAAAGACAUGAUUUGAACACGAGGACAUCUUUUUCACUGAGAUCUGUUCUAUCCAGGAUGUUAUCACUACCGGAAAAGCUGGAAUCUUCUCAGAAACGUCAAUAAAAAAUAUUAACCUUCAAUACAUGAGGUCUGAGGUCAUAUUUAAAAUGUUGUGGAUGAAACUUGGAAAACAU